AUGUCAACUUCCGCGAACCUCGAGAAUCGCCUCCGAAAGGAAUUGCGCAGGAAGAUCGCCAUCGUGGAAAGUUCACAGGCACGACCAACUGAAGAACUGGUCCAGCAGAGAAUACGCUAUUACGGAACUAAGUGCCAUGAAGCAAGAAUGACACUCCAACAGGCGCGUUAUGAGUACGCUGCGAUUAUGACUGACAAACAGGAGUUACUCAACAGAAGAGGGGGAGCGUUCCACUACCUAGUGAAACUCAAGCAGCUAUCGGCAACCCAUCGACACCAGAGGGAAGAGAUCGUCUCUGCUACCGAGCUGUUCGUGUUGGGGCAUGAGUGGUACGAGAUACUAGUAACCGCAGGGGAAGUGGACGAGCUGGCCCGGCUGGAAUUCAUUCGCAAGCUGGGAGAGGAAGAGCACAUCGAGGCAUCAGAGCCUGGAGACCGUAGCUACCCGGAACCAGUCAGGACGAACUGGAGUUUCGAUAGGAAGGACGUGGCAGACAUGAUCAAGUACCAGCUAAUCAAGUUCGACACCUUGCUUGAAGAAGAGAAGGAAGCGUGUGAACGAGCAGAAGCGGAAACCCGUUGCAAGGCGACGCUGGAAGAUGAGGCGCUACGUCAGAUGCGUGAAUCGUGUCAGGACCUGCAGGAUGAAGUCAGAAGGCAAAACGAAGACAGCGUAGAAUUCAUGGAAACCAUGAAAAGUUGCUAUGACUCGAUUAAGAAGCAGAACAGAAAGAGUGCUGAGAGCUCCAAAGCAAUGAUGGAGGAAUUGAGAAAGGUUACCGAGAGCCAAAAGGAAAUCACAGCACAAAUCACGAGAUGCAUGGAAGAGUGCCAGCAACUCAAGGCUCAGUUCCAGGAGAACCUCAAGGAAAUGCGUCGAUGGAAUGAGGAGAAAAUAGUUGAACAAGAUCAGGCGAGUUCGAGUCAUACCAGAGCAGGAGAUAAGAGAAGAUUCCAAGGGUUUGACAUCUCACUAGCUGAAAAGCCGAAGUUUGAAACGAUGCUUGAAGAGAGUCGACUUGAGUUGGAGGAAAUUGAUGACUUCCUCAGCCGCAAUAUCGUCAAGGAACGUCGGUUUGGCGAUAGGGUAUUGAAGAAGAAUGAGGGUGAUUUGACAUGCAUCUUCUGCAAGACGAUCGGAAGGCACUACUCAGACGCGUGCCCAGAAGUCCGUCGCGUGGCUAAAAGAAUCGAGAUGAUCAACGUAGAAAAACGAUGUCGUCUAUGCAUUGGAUACCACUAUCAGAAGGACUGUACCAAGCACGUUCCAUGUUUCUAUUGCAAGGAUAGUCUCGACGACUUCGAACAUCAUUGUAGCGUCUGCAGGAAACCGGAGGAGUUCCAGAACAGACUGAAACGAAGAAGGGAAGUCAAAGUGAUAAUAGAUAUAUGCGAAAGAGCACUCGAAAGCAUUGAGUUCAGAAACCCUCCAGAUGCGCGAACGCCACCACGUCGUGGAGGAACGACACAUGGGAGCGGAUCCUCACGAAGAUCCCACACUGACAAGAGAACGACUGAUACAGACAAUGAGUAG